UUCGUAACAGUGAAGCAACCUUCGCUUCAGUACCUUAUUGCUGUCCGCGGGUGACAGACGUGUGCUUCCGUUCACAAAUUCACUGUAAACGCGUCGAAAUAACAAAAACGCAUGGUGUUCUGUGAAGUGUGACGGAGAAAUUUUUAAAACGUUUUUUCUUGUUUGAUGUCCAGCACUAGCAGGCAACAUGGCAGGAAGACGGCAGCUACGACUGCUGCUGUGGAAGGACUACCUCAUAAGGAAACGAAAAAUUGUGACACUAGGAGGCAUAGUAUGGACCUUGAGCAUCAUGAUGAUGCUUUAUGUAGUCAGGAUCAACGUGGAUAAUCAGGAUUUUCCGUCAUGUACAUUCCCCGCCAGAGCCCUACCAAGUGCUGGGACAAUCACGUUCCUUCAGUCUUUCAUAUGCAGCGUCAACAACGAGUGCUCCCCCAUGGAUGACUACGAGGAGAUCCCUGCAUAUGAAAAUUCAAAGUUAAGUCAAAUAAGAAAGAAGUUGGCUCCGAUUAUGAAUGAAACAGUUCUGGACGUUGUCACAUCAGUACCGGACGCCUUGAAGCUACUUUCGACCCUGGCAGACGUGGCUGAUGAACCCGCUUUCGUGAAUUUCACCAAAAACGGAUUAAUAGUGCAAGAUUUAUUCACAAACACAGCGAGAAUGAAGAGGUACGCAGUCAGUCACUUAGGCAUCGACGCUGACGUCGCACAGAGCCUCAUGAAUGCUCAAAUUAAAUUUGAAGGUAUUCUUAAAGGGAAUCUGAGAGGAUGCAGUGAAGAAACAAUAGAAAAAGUACUUUUAGUGGGAAAUAAAACUCAAAUAGAAGCGAUCGCUAAAGGAUUGUGUUCAUUAACCGACGACGAAAUGUAUAAAAUAUUCAUGGAUUUAAUAAUGGAGAUUAAUUUUGGCAAAUACAUUAAAAUGUUUGGUGGAAUGUACUACAAACUGUCAGGAGACAAAAGCAUCACGCAGCUUGGAGACAUGCUCACAUCAAUAGUCCGUAUGAUCAACCUGAAGAACUUCUUACCCCAGGAGAUCAUAAACAUCGCCUAUGGAGAUGGAGACUUCAGCUAUUUUGAUCUAGGCUUAAUAACAAAACUAGUAAAUCUAUUCGAAUCAACAUUCGGUGAAACUCUAUCGUUUAAGUCUAUAAAUGAAUUCGCGGAUACAGCCAUAACCAGCAUCAAAUAUUUGGAUAAAAUAAUUUCGAAACAAUUCAGCACUGAUAUCACAAGCAUUGAUAACGAGACCGCCAGUGGUUUGAGGAAAGUCUCCAACAUUCUGGAUGGGGCUGUUAGUAUAUUCGAAGACGAUAUGAAGCAGAAUAAAACAAUAGAUCCAUUUAAUGUAAUUUCUCAACUACUAUCAUUCGUUCAAAAAUUUCUACCGGCGAAACAGAAGCACGACAUACUGUUCUAUUCAACAUUAAUGUCAAAAUUAAUUGAAGGCACGCACAAGGUUAUUGACAUCAACAUGCACUUGGAAAAAAUCACGUACGACGUCACUCUUAGACAUCCAGAGAGUGUGAAAAUCCUCCUAUCAUUGCCGCCCUAUAUUGUUGGCAAAGCUUUUGAGGCUCUCUCGGAUGCAAACAGAAUACAGAUUCUCACAUCGAAAAUUAAUUUCCCGGGCCAAAUGUUCUGCGACACAAAUAAAAUAGCUGAAUUCUUUGUGAUCUCGAAGAACGAAGCCAGCACAAUAAAGAAACAGCUUUGCAGCAACGCUUGGAAGAACUAUGUAUCGGAUUUAAUCAAAUCUUUUGGUAUUUUCGAGGUUAAAAAUAAUAUCAAUAACUUAGCUUCCUUAAUAAUUCAAGAAACUCUGGGGCAAGACACAAGUUCUAAAUUGUAUUCGAUAGAGAAAGACUUCGAAAUUUUAAAGAAUUUCACGAAUACUCUGAUACGCUUCGGCGAAGAAAAGAAGAUGGAAAUACAAUGGAACAAGAUUUUUAAUUUGCCCGAUGAUUCGGAGUUCAUGACCGUGGUCAAACAGAAAAGUCAUCUCGGAAACCAGAUCUUAAUAACCACCCACGGUGCUUUAGCCAAAGAAGUGGUCAAACAGAAUCCAAUACUUGAACUCAAAAUAGCUCCAAUAUUAAUAGACAUGAUCGCAGUGGUCGAAGCACUUAACGAGCAGAUUGGUAGCGCUCCAGCCCAAGUUGUCGCAGCGUUGAAGAACUUGUACGGUGACAUUGUUGUCACCGUUAUGAAGACUGCUUUAAAUGAGGAAAAGACGUACAGCUCUCUAUCGACAGCCAGCAAAGAUAUUUUAUGUAACGGAGUCGAAACUGCGAGGGAUUACUUGGAAUUCCCUGACAACAUCGACAGAGCAGGACUAGUGACAACCCUGUGUGACGCCACACUGGCUAUCGAAAAUGGUUUGAAGAACACAUCAAUCAUAGCCAAAGCCAUAAACAAAAUACGAAGCUCGCCCCCCGGUGCGCUCGAUGCCAUAAACUGGACCAAACUAAUAAACGGCAUUAAAAAGCUGUACGUGAACAUUAACAAUGAUUACACGUAUUUAUUCGAUUUCUCGAGCUACGGAAUGGACGAAGGUACGCGGAAAACUGUGAAGGAGCUUCAUGAUGAAGCCGAAGCUUACUGGUUUGGAGUUAGAAACUUACAGAGAAGCUUGCGUUUGAGUGUGAAACUCGGCCUGCGAUUCUUGGACGUUUUAGAUUGUGGCGUAUUCGACAUCACUGACGUAACUUGGUUGAAAAUUAAACAUACUCUGAAAAACGUGAACGGUCCUCUGAAUGUAUUUCAUGAGACAAUUGACGUGGUCUCGGGUAUUAUCAUGGGCAAAGCUUACGCAACAAGCUUGCCGCCGAUCACAGUCGAAGCUCUUGGAAUCAUCAUACCUAAAGUGCCACAGUUGAUUGUUGAUGCCGUCAAACUCGUUGUACACGACGAAACAGAUGUAGAACCAAUAAUAAACAUAAUGAAUAGCGCACCAACCUGGCCAUGCUCCAACACAAGUUUAGCAGACUUAUUACCUAUUAGCAUCGAGUCUCAGGCUGCGACGAAGAGUCUAGAAAGACUGUUAUGCUUGGAUGAAGAGCUACAAGCUGAAUGGGUUCAGUAUUUGGAAAUGAAACAGGGUAAAAUACAAAAACUUGACAACUACAACAGCAGCCGCUACGAAAGGAACAUCUUCUUGAACUUCUCCAGAACCUUUGAUUCAUUGAUUGAUGACGUCAUGAAGUUCAAAGACAUGUUCCAGUAUAUUAUCAAUGAUGAAGGAACAGAACACUUAAGUUUGAUGUCUUCUUUAAGAUACGCUCUCGAUUCUCUGAACACUACAGAAAGGGAUGACAUACUUCGGAAAUUCUUCAACAAAUUAGACACAGUCCUGAACUCUAUCAACACAUCGUCUGUAGAUCGUUUAGUUCCAUUAAACGUCAUCUUGGAAGAUUACAUCAAGUGCAGUAACAACAGGAUCAUAGACGCGUCUUGCAAGGACACAGGCAGAACCGCUUGGAUGUACACGAUAAGAACUCUGUCAGUUAUCUUCAGUAAUAUCGCUGAUGAUCUGUUGACCUAUUUUAAGGAAGUUAAUGAUCCAGAUUCAAAUUUGUUACAAGUGAUGGGCUUCACGAAGAGCACUGGGCUUUACAUUCUAUACGAUAAGAUAGGCGAUUUCGUCACGGUUCUCCUGAACUCCUACUGGGAUUACGGAUUUAUGAGUCAGGUUCGUCGAGCAUCUCUUUCUCAAUUUUGGGACUGCGAGGCCGUGGUGUCAGCCUUGGUUCCUCCUGCUGGGAGUACAAUUGAUGCCACCACUUUACUCAAAGUUCAGCCCUAUAUCUGCCCGUCCUUCAUCUACUGGCUGUCUUUGCCUCGAGGGGAUAAUAAGUUCCUUGACAUCGUAGCUAAGCCGCAAUACUACUUCUACACGAGCGACGCUCGAAACGCUACAAGUCAAUACGAAAGUGCUUUUACAAAGGCUGUAGAACUAGCAAAUUUCAUAUUAAACAUUGCCAAGCAAAACAAAACAUUCAUAAACGAAGACGAAAUAAAAAUGAACAGCCUACAAGGAAAACUAGAAAAAUUCGCCGAUACAAUAUUAAAUUUUAAAAUUGAAAAAUCUAAUCCCCAGUAUAUUCUGUUUAACGAUAUAAAUAAAAAACAAAUUUCCGCCAUGAUUUAUUUAGCUAGAAUCGUUAGUAUGGUCAAUAAAAUGGACGCAGAACUACAGAGAUUUAAUGUAGAUGAGCUACCAGAUAAUAACAUUGACAAGAAUAAAACAAAAGAAGAACUGAAAUAUAUUAACAAUAUGUAUAAAAGAAAGCCUGUGGAUACGAUUUCAUUUCACUAUGAUGUAAUAACGGAUUUACUGUGGGCUAACAAUAAAAGUUAUAAUUUAGUCGAAUCAUUCGAAGCAAUGUGUGACAAUUUGAAAAAUGAAAGUAAAAUAAUUUUGGGGGGUCAAAGAAGAACAAAAAUACAAUUCUGUGCACAAGACUAUAAGAUCAUUUUUGAUAAAAUACAAACUGUCGUUGAUGGCGAUUACGAAGCAGCGAGGUUGAGCUUGGAAAAUCUAAUUAACAUUCUUCAGGAUGAUGAUAAGAAGAAUUUACCGGACAUUUACAAAUUCUUCAAUGAUAGAAAACAACUACUCUCUUCUAUAAAGCACAACGUAAAAUACUCGUACGACUUGGGCUUACCUGUAUACUUGAAAUACCUUCAGUCAAACAUCCAGAGCUACAAUGUGAUAACGUCCUUCCUCUCGGGAGGUGACUGGUGGAAUGAGGCUAAGAACAUAUUAAAUGGUCCGUACACAUCCGCAUUCUUCGAUUACGUCGAGAAGAGCUUGGAUGUGGCCAGUGAUGUUCUCAUUAACAUUGAUCGGAUCCAUCUAGUUCGUCUUCUUCGUGAUAUAAACGUGAACGAAACUGACGCGUUUUGCCAGUCCAGUAUCAAUCUAUCCGACUACGUACCAGACAGCACCGGUGCACUCUCCGCCAUGAAGCAGCAGCUCUGUACGAAGAAUGCCAAUGAACUAUUUAAAGAGAUACCACCAUUGCUCUUCGCCGCACAGGGCUACGACAACUCUCUUAAAGUAUCGAAGACUAUAGACUAUGGUAAACUGAGCUCUGACCUGACUAUGGUAGAGUCCAAACUUGACCUUAUCAAGGACACACCCGAAUCACCUCAAAGGCCAUCGUGGGCUACUGAUGACAAGAUUAACAAUCUGAGGAAUGUCGCAGUGAGCAUGCUUUCCAAGGAAUCAUUGACUAAGAUGUCCUUUGGCGUUUUAAGUAAUUUCGUUGAUGCCGGUACACUGUUUCUGAACAAUAGCCAAUGCACUCUUUGUUCUCAAUUGACGUCGUGGUUCAAACAACUGAACCUCCAGCUCUUCAAGAAGGAGGAAUACGAUAUAUUGUUAUGUCAAAUGCAGUCGAUGACCAUGCCUGAGAUAUACAACACCCUGAAGAACAAUUUCCAUUGGGACAUGGCAAUUAAGGAGUUGAUACAAACAAGAAAUUACACGAAAUACGAACUGAAUAAAUCUAUGAAUGAGUUUUUGGAGCUGGUAAAACUACAUCUGCUAGUGGACAUCACCGCGAGCACGACUAGGCUCGGCGAAUGUCUCGCCAGUAAUGUCACUAAAAAUAUAUUCGGUGAUGCUGCGUUAUCAAUAUCAGUUGUAUCAAAAAUUGCUCAUCUCCUACGGUCUGCAUUACCACAUAUACACGAAAUAGAGGGAAUAAAAGACAUUCAAUAUCUAAAUCAGUUACACGAUAAAAUUGGUCAUAAAUUAAAUGUUAUGGGACCAUUAAACAAAUAUAUCAAAGCUAAUAGUGAUAUUCACGAGCAGCUUAAUAAAGUCAUUAGUGAUUUGGAUGUUAUUGAUGAAAUAGAAGCUUCGGAUGUAAAUCUUAGAUCGAUACGUGAAAUUACAAUGCCUUCAGACGAGAAUAUCAAAUUGAAUACAAUGAAAUGGAGACAUGUUUGCAGUAAACAUAACUGCACCGUCAUAGCGAUGAUAAUCAAAAACAAUUUGAAUGAAACACUCGUUCUAACUGAUCUACCAAAACUUCAAAGCAAGGAAUUUUGGAAGUUUUCGUUCAUGUCAAAUAUAAUUCGGCAUAUUGAGGGCGUGCUGUCUCAUGCAGCUCGGCUGCUGGGUGUUGCCAGCGAUCUCGACGUUAAGGGAGCGAUGGAAGGAAAACUUGAAUCGAUAGUCGAUGUGGUGGUUACCAUUUUAAGUGAUGAUAUAGUUCACAGUGUGCUAUAUAGUCUUCAGGGCAUUAUACAAGAAGUACAUCCUUUACUGGCCGGUACCGCUCUGGAAAAUGAUCUGGAAUCUCUUUCUGUUGGAUUGAAGAUAAUGAGCGACUUCAAAAACUAUUUAUUAGAAGAGGAGAAUCUUAAAUUACAAGUAUUAAAAUACUUUCCGGAUUCUGAGGCCAUGGAAACUAGUCUGUCUGCGGUUGGCAUCAACAACACAAACUUCUGGUCUCUGGCGGCGCCGAGGAUCCAGGAUGGAUAUCUUGAACUGAAACCGAUCUUCACACAACGAGUCUCUCACGUUGCCGAUUUUGUUUGCCAAAUUGACGCAAUGUCUCAAGUGAUCGUGCCAUCCGACCUAGACCUGGUUUCAUCAGAGGAUGUGAUGGGAGCGGUGGUGGAACAAUUCUGCGGAGUACCGGACCAGAGAGCCAAGAGGAUUGUUCCUGUGCUAUUAGAGAAUUUUAACUUCAGUGUGGUAAUUGGAAAGCUAAUGGACACUUUGCUGUCAAAAUUAUACACCGCCUCGAACCUAACACAAGAGAAUGGAAACGAUGUUUUCACAAAAUACCCAGAGAUGGCAGCACUGUUGCCUGUCAUACAAAGUAACAUGGCCGACUUGAGCAGCACUUUCGCUAACGAACCUUUGUUCCAUAGUUUGCAGAAUUUCAGUUCUAUCGGUAACUUGCUUGCUGGAUCGGAUUUCAUGGCGGACGCCGGUAGAAUGCUCUGCGGGAAACCGUUCCAAGCUAGUGUACCUCGUCUACUGAAAGGUUUCCUGAAUAAUGAAGAUCACUCUAACGGGCCCAGUCAAGAACAACUCGACGUUCUACCAACCGAUUUCUGCAGGAGUCUAUAUACUGACAUCACGAAAGUCGAGGGAGGGAAAAUUGUGUGGAGUUUUAUAAAGCCGCUCAUAAUGGGAAAGAUAUUGUACACUCCGGUUAAUCCGACAGUAAAUAUGAUUAUUGGAAAGGCGAACGCGACCUUCGAAACAAUGAUAAAAAUGAUGAACUUAGUUCAUUCGUUCGCCGCCACCUUCCCCUCCCUGGAGACAAUGCUGGACCACCGACACGGACUAUUAGUCCUCAAAACGCUGGUCACCGAUCCCAAGUUUGAAGGACUUAGAAAUAUGAUCAUAGGAGACGUGGGCGUUCCAGAUUUGGAUGUUGAUGGCAUCUUUGACCAGUUAGGAGACUUAAAGGGUAUCGGCAGUCUACUGUCCAAAGCAUCGGACCUCCUCCACUGCUUCAACAUGAACCGAUUCAAGCCCUCAACGGACGAAGAAGGGAUGACAAUCGAAGCCGCCAGACUGUCGCAACUCGACGAAUUUUCAGCUGGUAUCGUGUUCAUGAACACGAAACAACAAAAUGGUUCUCUCUCGAAUGUGGAGUAUAAGAUUAGAAUGGAUUAUGAAAAUGUUCCCGCAACGCGAUGGACGAAGAAUUAUCUCUGGAUCCCGGGACCCGAGUCCAGCUUCGUAGAGGAGAUGCGUUACUUCCGCGGCUUCGUUCAGAUCCAGGAUAUGAUCGACCGUGCCGUCAUCCAGCUCUCGAGGAAGAGACACAAGCGGGACGCUGAUGAUGAAGUGGACUGGGCGAUGUACACGCAACAGGAGCCAUACCCGUGUUACAGGAAAGAUUUAUUCCAAACGUCUCUGUAUGAGUCCCAGGCGCUGAUCGUGGCCUUCUUCUUCUCGCUCGUGUUCACCGUCGCUUCAGCCAUAAGGUUCAUAGUUUCCGACAAAGAGUCCGGCAACACUAUGUUGAUGUACGUGAUGGGCGUGGAGGUGCGGUGGCAGUCACUGUCGUGGGCGGCGUGCACGGCGGCGGAGCUGGCGGUGAGCGCGUGCGGCGCGGCGGCAGUUCUACACUUCGGCCGCGUUCUGCCGCACUCAGACCCCACCCUGCUGCUGGUGCUGUUGCUCAUAUUCGUCGUCUCCGUGCUCAGUUUCUGCUACAUGAUGUCUAAGCUGUUCUCCUCGGCGAGUCUAGCGGCGGUGUGCACUGCGCUGACCUACAUGAUCACUUUCAUGCCCUUCGUUCUCAUCUUGUCCCUGGAGGCUGUCAUGAACAGCCAGUUGAAGAUGUUAGUGUGUCUCUCGAUGUCCUCGUCGCUCUGCUACGCGUUCCUGCUGGUGACGCGGCGGGAGGCGGCGGGGGGCGGCGCGGAGUGGGGGCACGUGUGGGAGGCGCCGGGGGAGGGGGACAUGAGCAUCGGCCUCGCGGCGCUCAUGAUGAUCUUCGACACGUGCCUUUAUCUGUUCAUUGGAUGGCUCAUAGAUAAAUAUUUCGGUAUGCAGACCUUACAGAGCAACAUCACCAAUUGCCAUACCACAGACGAGAAGGCCGGCGUUAGUAUACUGAACGUUACCAAGAUCUAUGGUGAGGGAAGCCGUCGCCCCAAGCUGGCUCUGGACAAUGUCUCCAUUGAACUACAAAAAGGCCAGAUCACUACAUUACUGGGACACAAUGGCGCUGGGAAAACAACUUUGAUUAAAAUCUUAAUGGGAAUGCUGAAGCCGACUAAGGGCCACAUCAUAGUGCGCUCGGACCGCGGCGGAGGCACGGAGCUGGGCGUGUGUCCGCAGAAGGACGUGCUCUUUGAGUACAUGACCGCGGAGGAGCACAUCCAGCUGUACGCGCAGCUCAAGACCGGCCUCGGGCCGCGGGAGGUCCAGGAUGAGGUCGACAGGAUGAUCCGGGCGCUCUCCCUGGAUAGCCAGGUCCGCCAGGCGGUGUCGCGGUGGUCGGGCGGCGCGCGGCGGCGGCUGUGCGUGGCGCUGGCCUUCCUCGGGGACCCGCGCCUCGUGUCGCUCGACGAGCCCACCAGCGGGGUCGACCCGGCCGCGAGAAGAGAAAUCUGGUCAAUGAUAGUGAAACUGAAAGAGGACCGGACGAUCCUCCUCACGACGCAUCAUCUCGACGAAGCGGAGUUGCUAAGCGACCAAAUCGUCAUCAUGCAUAAGGGCCAAGUCCACACAACAGGCUCUCCGGUGGAGAUAAAACGCACCCUGGGCAACGGGUACAAGCUAACCGUGGUCUUCCCCGAGACGACCUGCGAAGAUCGCCCUGAAGACCUGGAUGAGAAGACCAAACAACUGCUCUCUACCGUCAGGGACGACGUCAAGAACGCCAACAUCGUCGAUGUUAACGACACUGAUGUGGAGAUUCUACUGCCUUUCUAUGACGCUGACGGACUUAGCAAUGACCUACAUCGCCUAUGCUUGAACUUGGAGUCCCAGCAGCCAGUCCUCGGCUAUAAGACCUACGCCAUGGACUGCAGCAGUCUCGAGCAGGUGUUCUGUGACAUCUGCACUCAAGCCGACCUAGGAGCAUCUCAGACUGACGAGUCGAAAUACGUAUCCAUAGAGUCGCCGUCUGAAGCGUCCGCCAGCACGAGGUCCCGUGGGGGGCGGGCGGGGGGCGCGGUGCGGGGGGCGGUGCGCGGGGAGGGCGCCCUGCGAGCCUCGUGCCGGGAGAUGUUCGCGGCCCUCAUGUACGCGCGGUACUUGCAUCACGUCCGAAAUAGAUGGUUAAUGUUCAUGUUACUACUCCUGCCGUCGGUUUUCGUAACAGUAGCUAUGGGAUUCUCGUCUUUAAGACCGCCGGCUGUCAAAGAAAUAGCUCUAAAAUUAAAUGCAGACCUGUACGAAGGAUCUACGCAGUAUAUUGUGCUGCAGCCGUCUACGUAUGAGAACAACGACGAAAAGUACGUAGGGUUCGGCGUUGACGUCCUCCAGAACAUAGCUGGCGGUAACAACGUGACCACGUGGACUAGUAAGGACAAUCCUUCGUGCACGUGCAACAUAACGCGGCAGAUCUGCGACGGAGACCCGGCUGCGGUCAGCACGCUGGCCAUGAUGGCGCUACCUGAUGUGGAUACACUCAACGAAUGGCUGCUGACUUCACACGAAAUAUACAUUGAGAAGAGAUACGGCGGCUUCUCGUCGACAGUCAGAGACAACAAGACAAACUUCAUAACGUGGUACAACAACAAGGGUCAUCAUGCGCUACCGUCAUAUCUCAACGUCAUGAACAACGCCAUCUAUCGGACGGUGAGCGGUAACCGUCGUGCAAACAUCACAGUAUACACACAUCCGUUGAAGAUAUCCAGUGAAAAGAUCAACAAAGCCACUUUGUAUCAGCACAUAGCAGACGCUGGCAUAUCGAGCCUGGUGCUGGUGGCGUACGGGCUGGUGAGCGCGGGCGCGGGCGUGUGGCUGGUGGCGGCGCGCACCUCGCAGCAGAAGCGGCUCCAGCUACUCUGCGGAGUCAGCCCACUAAUGUACUGGACCGCUGCACUCACUUGGGAUGUCAUUAUCAUCUUCAUAAAUAUGAUAAUAACGGCGAUGGUAAUGUUGGCGUUCGGCUUCCCCGUGUUCGUGGCGAAAAACAACUUGCCGGCGAUAUGCGUACUCAUUAUGUUAUAUGGAUUUGCGUGCGGUAACCUCGUCCAUCUGUUGGAGAAGCUGUUUACGGAAGCUAGCCUAGCCAACAUGGUGUUGUUCUGCGCGAAUUCCUUGCUGGGGCUCGCCGGGAUGACAAUACUUCUCAUACUCGACAUCAUAUCGGAUUCCGACGCAACAGACAACGCUCGGUGGAUCUUACACAAGAUAUUCUUGAUAGCUCCACAGUUCGCGCUGGGUGACGGAUUACUGGAAAUAGCCAAGAACACUAUUCAGUCGGAGGUGUUAAGCCGUUUCGGUAUGGACACGUAUCAAGAUCCGUUCAGGUCCAGUUUGCUAAGACUCCACGUGUUGGCGCUGGUAGUGGUAGGCGGAGCCCUCUUCCUACUCAACCUGGCCAUCGAGUACGAUUGCUUCGAAAUAUUUCUUGGCAGGUUGAGACGCGAGAAGAUGCCGCAGACGAACUACGAAGAAUUGGAGCCCGUGGAAGUCGCUGAGGAGAGGAAGAAGGUGCGAGCGGCACUGUUGCACUCCGCUCAGGGACACAUCCGGGUCAACACCAUCGGCAAUAUUAAUAGGGGCUACGUACAUACGGAGUGCGACGGCAAGCGAGUGCGGCGGGCGGCGCGUGGCGGCGGCGCCGGCGUGGCGCAAUGUGUGCGGCUCGGCAAGAUGUACCGCCGCCCCGCGCUCGUGGACCUCACGCUCUCGCUGCCUGAGGGACAGUGCACAGCGUUACUCGGAGAGAACGGCGCUGGUAAAUCCACGACCUUCUCGAUACUGACCGGGGAGAUCCGACCUACUGCCGGUGAAGUGUACCUCAAUGAACAGAAGAUGACCCCUAGGAAACUCUGUCAAGGACUUAUAAGUUACUGUCCACAAAGCGACGCUAUAGACCCCCUGCUGACGGUCAGAGAGAUCCUGUCCUUCUACUGCCAGUUAAGAGGAAUAACUGACCAGGACGAUGUGAUAAAAAGAACAUUAGCGAUGUUUGAAUUGAAUUCAUACAGUGACGUGCUGAGUGGAAAUCUUAGUGGCGGAAACAAAAGGAAGUUGUGCACCGCUAUUGCGUUCAUGGGAAGAAAUCCGCUUGUCCUACUCGAUGAGCCGACCAGCGGUAUGGACGCGUCGUCGGGCGCGGCGGUGUGCGAGCGGGCGCGCGAGUGCGCGGGCGAGGGCCGCGCCGUGCUCGUGGCCACACACGCGCUGCGGGACGCGCGACGUCUGGCCGCGCGCAUCGCACUCCUGCGGAAGGGACGCCUCGUGGCUCUAGCGCCGCUACACGACUGCCUACAGAGGUUCGGCGGCGGGCACGUGGUGGAGUGCCGCGCGCCGGGAGCGGCGGGGGUCGCGUGGGGGACCGUGCGUGCUCGCGCCCCCUACGCCGUGCUGCGCGUGCUGCACGCACACACGCUGCAGUUCCUGCUACCCAACUACGUUACAGUUAACGAGAAGGAGACACCGAUACGACUCAGCGAUAUAUUCCGUUUGAUGAACGAACUGCAGACUGCCGGUGAAAUUGAGGACUACACAGUGAACCAGAGCUCGCUGGAACAGAUGUUCCUAAGCUUCACGGACCAGAGGGAUGUAGAAACGGGUCCCAUCGAGAUGGAACCUUUGCCAACGCCCGAAUUUGUCAAGAGUGAAGAAGAAUAUGACAGCAUCACCUGUCUGUAAAUGAAGACUUUACGUGUUUGCUCAGAACAGUGCCUUCAGGAGAUGUGCUAGUUGAUGUUCCUAUGACGAAGACAAUAAUCUUCUACCGAGCGGCGUCUCCACUCUGUACGCUUAGAGCGAGUUUUUCGUUCUCGAUGGCGUAAAAAUUAACUCAAAUUCGUAUGCAGUUGGAACAGCGCCCCUAACGGCAAACGUACGGAAACUUCUUGACUUCCACAGUGAGGGAAUAACAUCGUGUAAUAAAAAUCAAACCCGCAAAAUUAUUAUUUGCGUAAUUACUGGUGGUAGGACCUCUUGAGUCCGCGCAGGUAGGUACCACCACCGGCCUGCCUAUUUCUGCCGUGAAGCAGUAAUGCGUUUCGGUUUGAAGGGCAGGGCAGCCGUUGCAACUAUACUGAGACCUUACAAUUUAUAUCUCAAGAUGGGUGGCGCAUUUACGUUGUAGAUGUCUAUGAGCUCCAGUAACCACUUAACACCAGGUGGGCUGUGAGCUCGUCCACACAUCUAAGCAAUAAAAAAAAACUUUUCAACUCCAUACAAAUUUGUUUUACGCUAUCGAGAAAGUUAAAAAACUCGCACUAAGCACACUGACCCGAUAUUAUGAGAUUCACUUGCGGAUUGUUAGAGCGAUUCAGGUUUCAAGCCAUGACGGAUAGACGCCGCCAGUGCCCACAUUAUUACUAAGAUCGUUUUUAAAUAACGCACAAGUUAUAAAUUGCUCAAAUUAUAUGUAAAUUAAUUGUGAUUUUAGUUUAAUUAAUGUUGAAAGACUCCUGAGACGGGAGGGAUAAGACGUUUGAGUAGACGACGAAGAAAUGAUUACCUAUGAUUGAUUGUAAAAUAGAAUGUUUUAACAUUUACUAGUGGUCGCCCGGUAGUCGAAUUUCGACUAUAGUUAAUUGAAAUUAUAAGUUCGUACACUAUUAUGAUUCUAUUUUCAAAGACUGUUUUUAUACUUCUAUAAUCACAAAUUUCGCCAAGACUACACUAUAGAAAAAUAUUAAUAAAGACAAACAAUAUUUUUAAUCUAUUCUCAACUUGACCACAGACGUCAAGAACAAAAGUUUGACAAUAAAUAAAUAGUAUGCAUGCGUGUGUGCGUCAAAUACAUGGUAGUGUGUGUAAUGUUUUUUUUUUAUUGAUUUAAUGUAUUUUUUAGGCAUAAUUUAAAAAUAUAUUAGCAUUCGGCACUCCUUCUCUAUAUUCUCUAUCAGUGUGGGAAAUUUCAUACUCUUCCGUCCGCGCAAUUUUCGUAAAAAGGGAUACAAAGUUUUUCCUUCACGUAUUAAUAUAUAGAUAAACAUUUAUAUUUGAUUUAGUACCUAAUAGUGUAUUGUUUUCAGAUUGCAAAUCAUUUACUUUUUUAAGUUAAAUUUUGUAAGUACCUACUGUUCUGUAAUGGCAGCACUGAAAUAAUAUUAUUGACAUGGUAAGACUAAGGAAAUGAUUGUAUUUAAAUUGAGGUUUACGACUUUUAAGAUUUCUUUAUGCUCAUAAGCGGUACGCGAUCUCUGUGAUAUGUUUUAUAAAAUAUUAUUUUUUUAAUUUUAAUUAUUGAAUGAAUUAAAAUGGUUUACGGAUAAAA